UGUUGAAGCACCUUUGUUUGUUUGUUUAGCUGAAUUAGAUUAUGUUGAAGCAGUGUAUAGUAAUGGAAGAGUCGGAGGUUGGAAGCAUCGGAGAGUACGCAAUUUUGUGUCGACUGGGCGGCGGAGCUGUAUCGCAAGUGUGGAAAGCAGAGCACAAAAGGAGCGGCCAAGUGGUGGCGCUGAAGCAAAUCCGCCUCUCCAACCUCACUCCCCACCUUAACAAUUCUCUUCACUCUUCUCUCACCUUCUUGUCCUCUGUAAAUCAUCCAAACAUCAUUCGCCUUUUCCAUUUCUUCCAGGCUGAGGACUGUGUUGUUAUGGUAUUGGAGUUCUGUGAUGGAGGGAAUUUGGCAUCAUACAUUCACCACCAUGGGAGAGUUCAACAAUGUGUAGCAAAAGGAUUUAUCCAACAGCUUGGAGCUGGUCUACAGCUACUCAACUCUCACCGAAUCAUCCAUCGUGACUUGAAACCAGAGAAUAUCCUCUUGUCCUUCUGUGAAAAUGGCCCAGUACUGAAAAUUGCUGAUUUUGGUUUGUCAAGAACAUUAAAUCCAGAUGAGUAUGCAGAAACUGUUUGUGGCACUCCAUUUUACAUGGCCCCUGAAGUUUUACAAUUCCAAAGAUACAAUGAAAAGGUAGAUAUGUGGAGUGUUGGAGCAAUUCUUUUUGAAUUGCUUAAUGGUUACCCUCCUUUCUGUGGCAGGUCCAAUGUUCAGCUUUUGCAGAAUAUCAAGUCAUGUACACGCCUUCCUUUCUCUGAGCUAAUCCUUACCGAAUUGCACCCUGACUGCAUUGAUCUGUGUUCAAGACUAUUAUCUAUUGAUCCAGAGAAGCGCUUGUCCUUUAAAGAGUUUUAUCAGCACAGGUUCUUGAAAGUAUGAUAAAAAUGUCAUAUCCAAGAGAAGAAGUUUGAUAUUCAGAAGAAUUUUCAGUACAUUAGAACGAUCAGAUCAGUGGAGAUGAAACCAUGCCAGCCUGAAUCUUAAAUGGCUUGUUACUGUUAAACUAAAACUAUGUAUUGAAACCCCUUGGGUGCAUAAUAAACUUUUAACUUUGAUAUUGCUUAGUUA